AUGAGCUCCCAGUGGGACUUUAUCAUUGUCGGAAGCGGACCGGCUGGCUGUGCAGUGGCUGCUGGACUAGCUCAUACAUCAAAGAAGCCGAAGGUACUGCUCCUCGAAGCCGGUGGCCGAAAUCAGGAGGAUAGCCUACGUGUCGAUGGUCAGCGAUGGACGACUUUCCACAACCCGGAGCUUAACUGGGGGUACAAGACUGUUCCGCAGCAGCACUGCAACAACCGCGAGCUUGAAUACCACCGCGGCCGGAUGCUGGGAGGCAGCAGUGCUAUCAACUUCAGCGCCUAUACUCGCGGCCCUCGUGAAGACUAUGACCGCUGGGCUGAGAAGGUAGGCGACGAGACGUUCCGAUGGGAGCAGAUGCUGCAGCGUUUCAAGCGGCUAGAAUCCUUCCACGGCGAGUUUCAACACGAAGAAUACUACAAGUAUGCCUCACCAUCGCCGUCAGACCAUGGUAGUCAUGGGCCCCUGCAUGUCGGGUACGCACGUGAGUGGGAGAAUGACCUUCCCCUCAUUAUGGACGGGCUGAUCGCGGCCGGUCUGGAGAGAAACCUGGAUCUCAAUUCGGGCAAUCCGCUUGGGAUUGGACUGGCAAGCAACACGGCCUAUCAAGGGCGUCGAUCCACAGCAGCGGAUCUGUUGUUGGACGCCCCGGAUAACCUGACGGUUCUUGCCCAGGCGGCCGUGCAGCGAGUCAUCCUCGAGGGGAAGAAGGUAAUCGGAGUGGAAUCAGGAGAACAUCGGUACUACGCUGCGAAAGAAGUCGUCCUCUGCGCCGGUACUCUCGACAACCCACGGAUCCUCAUGCACUCGGGCAUCGGUCCCCGGGACGAGCUCGCUAGGUUUCGAAUCCCCGUUCGACACGAUCUGCCGGCUGUUGGCAAGGGUCUGCGCGACCACCCUGCGUUUGCGAUAACUUUAGAGCGCAAAGCCGGCACCAACGACCGCAAUGCAUUCUUCAAGAACCCGGAUGCUAUGGCGGAGGCGCAGGAGCAGUGGGACAUGGAUAGGACAGGCCCCUGGGCACGCCAUUCAUGCCAGCUCGUAAUGGGAUUCCUCAAGAUGGACGACCGCCUAUUGGGAUCGAGCGAAUUCGCAUCCCUCCCAGCUGACGUGCAGGAGUUCCUGCAACGGCCCACAGUGCCACACUGGGAGCUGAUCGCGAACGCGCCUUUGCCUCAGUUCGCCCCGGGCCUAAUCACGGAUUUCGGCUCCGUCACCCUGCUGGCUAUCUUUAUGAACGAGCAGUCCGUCGGGGAGGUGCGCCUGCAAUCGUCGGACCCGAACGUGCCGCUGCUCUUCGACCCGCACUUCCUUGAGCACCCGUACGACCGCAAAGGCUGCGUCGAUAUGGUCCGCGAGCUACUGGCUCUGGUCCGCCACGAAGCGAUCGCCAAGGAUACCCUCUCGACCCUCGUCGGCCCCGCCUCCGACUCGGAGGCAGAUAUCCUCGAGUUCUGUCGAGCCACGGCCACCUCUGUGUGGCAUAUGACGGGUACGGUCGUGAUGGGCGCCGCGGGCGAUCCCAAGGCGGGCGUUGACUCGCACUUCCGUGUGUUGGGCCUGGAGGCCCUGCGAGUCGCGGAUAUGAGCGUCGUGCCUAUUCUGCCUAAUAACCACACGCAGAGCACGGCGUACGUGACGGGGAUGACGUGUGCGGACGUGAUGAUUGAGGAGUAUGGUUUGGACGUUUAG